UGUUGGGUUCAUGGACUAACAACUAAUAAAUUACUAGGGAAUAAAAAAAGACAAAGCAUUAAUACACACUAUUAAAUAAAACAUAGGAAGAUUAAACGAAAUAGCUAAACGUUUGUUUUGUCAAUAAAUAAAAAGAAAUAAAUGAUUAAAAAAAUGGUGAGAGGCGCUGUAACAGAACCUCUUCAUCGUCCCAAACCCACUCAAUCUCUCGUCACUCUCACUUCUCUCCCUCAAUCGCUUUCAACCUCGCUCAAAAACCCUCUCAAUCGCGUCUCUCUCGUCUCUCUCACGCUAUCAAACUUGAAGACGAAAAUGGAAACAGAGAUAAAGGAAAACAAACUGGGCUCACCUUUGGCGAUAUCUCAACGGUUCAAGGUUUCGAAAGAUGCUCAAAGGUCCAAUGGAGAAAGUUCCAGGAUGGCUUUUGAAUGCUCAGAAUUGGAGUUUAGCCUGUUUGAUGAUGGAUUUCGAAAAGUGAACAUUCGUCUGGGCUUCAACUCUGGAAUACCUCAAGCUUGCAGGAGAAUUACAAAGCAAAGUAGUGACGACUGCAUCAUAUCGUCGAGCAGUAACUGCAACGGCACCAACAUACACGUCAAGAACAGGACCAACGCCAACAUCAGAAUGUCCUUUCAUAAGGGUGGUGUGCAAUUGCUCGAAUUGUAACCGUUGUUCCCCGUCUUCAAGAAUAGCGACACGGUUAGAGAUAACCUUAAAUGACUAAGAGCCAUGAGGUCGAGUAAGUAAGCUUAUUGGCAUUCUCAGAGUUUGCUUUCGGUUUCUUCUUCCCCGAAUCAAAAUGCUGAAUGUUUUCUCAUCAUCCAUGUUCAUUAGAGCCAACAUUUUGGCUCGUUCCCAGCACUGUCGGUUCCAGGAAAAUUUGGAUUACCAUUUUCUUUUAUGCUUUCUGAACCAACUCUCACCGGUUCAUCUUCACUCAUCUCCAAACCUGUGGCUCGGAAAUGAUAUCAGGGAUUGAUUCAACAAUAGGUACUGGACGAGGAAAUUCCACAGGAUGACAGCCGGUUCAAACAGCGGCAGGACCACACUUAGAUAUGACAGGGUUCAAAUUACACUGCCAUGUAAAAUGAUUGGCAUGAAAGGCACUGCUGGUUUGCUUUUUAUGAGGUUUUGAAUCUUUAGUUUAAGCUUUUCUUCCAUUGGCUUCAGGUGGGAUCAAUGCCGAAAUCAUACCGAUGGGCUACUUUGGUUCCAGUUGUAAAAAAAAAGAGUGCUAGGUUGACCGUCUUACUGCUUCUCCCAAAAUGUUGACAGACGAAUGUACCGGUGAUAGAACCUGAUCUUGAACUUCCUUUUUUGGGUUUGCUGAUACGGUUACUGAUUCUUGGAGCUUUCAAGAUUAUGAAGGAAAAUUGUGUUGUGUCUGCUGUUUGAACUCCUGAGGUUGACUGCUUGCGCUCAUCAACCAACGGAAAACCAUGUUGCUGCCGGCCUGCUUGAAAAGUGACUUUAAGUCUGGUUAUUAGGUUCAGGCUUAGGUGCAGCCAAUGGACUUGAGGCAUCAUCUUCUUCCUCGCAGAGCUGCAAAAGCCGACAGAUAUCGGUGGAAAAUGACCCAAGACUUCCACCUUGCUGCAAAGAAGAAGCAGGAGAAGGCUCAUUGAGCUCGGCCUUCCACUCACGAAGCAUCUGAUGCACUUGUUCCUCAAGAACUGCAGCAUCAAUAGUACGGCUCUCCUUCCCAACAAACUGCAAAUCCAUGAAUGUCAGCUGCAGGUCAUCAACACGGUUCCGUGCCUUGUCCUUAAAAAGCCGGUGUGAUGCAGAUUAUUGUGUUUAACACGACGAAUGUAAUGUGGCUCAGUGGAAUUAAAAAUUUCAAGUAGAGUUUGUAGUAGAAUUUCCAUUAAAGUGUUUUAUCAAAUCCAAUUCUUUUAUUGGAAUCAUGGGUAAAGAAUGUUUAUUGCCUACCCAACGUUGAAUUCACUUUUGUAUCAAUCCUUAGCACCAAGUUACGGAUUUCAAACCGAAACUGCUUGAGAAAUAAAACAUCAUUCCACAAUGCCGACAUCAA